GUGGACUUUUCCUUUCAUCGUAAAUCUUUUCGCGAAUAAUCAUUUGUGCCAUCUUUUUUUGUUCAAGAAAAAAAAGAAAGAAUUAUCAACCAAAAAUGAGCAAAAUGAAUGUCCUUUAUAAUAAUAAUUCACCAUCACCACAGCCAUCAUUAUUACCACCCCCACCACCACCACCACCAUCAUUAUCAUUACCACCCCCACCUACAUCAUCAUCACAUCAUGGUGGUGGAAGUGGUUCCGGUAGUUCAUCAUCGGCUUCAACGACAUCAGCACAACAACAACAACAACAACAACAACAAUAUUGCCUUAAAUGGAAUAAUCAUCGUAAUAAUAUGGUUAAAGUGUUCAAUGAAUUAUUAAUGGAUGAAAAUUUUGUUGAUGUUACAUUAGCAUGUGAUGAUGGUAUUACAAUCAAAGCACAUAAAUUAAUAUUAUCAGCAUGUUCAACAUAUUUUCGUGAUUUAUUUUUAAAUAAUCCAUGUAAACAUCCAAUUGUGAUAUUGAAAGAUAUUCAUUAUGAAGAUUUACAAGCAAUUAUUAGUUUUAUGUAUUCAGGUGAAGUAAAUGUAUCGUAUCAACAAUUAGGACCAUUAUUAAAAACAGCUGAAAUAUUAAAAAUAAAAGGUUUAACCGAUGUUAAUGAAAAACAUGGUAAUGCAUUUUUUAAUAAUGGUGGACAAUUUUUAUCAAAUGAUAUUUCUAAUUCUACUGGUUAUCCAAUAUCAAAUGGAACAAAUAUACCAUCACCUACAACAACAACAACAACAACAACUGGAACUAAUGAAAUGGCUAAUUUUUAUAAUCGUAUAGCAUUAGAAUCAUUAACAAAUCAAGCAAUCAAUGCAUCAACUGGUAGUGGUAAUAAUAUCAAUGAUCAAUCAAAUAUUAUUGAUGGUGGAAAUAAUAAUAAUAAUACGGAACCAUCAAAUGCAUAUCUAGCAUUUAUGGCACAAAGAUUUAAAAAACGGCGAAGAAAACAUAAAAAUAAUAAUGGUAGUGCAUUAGCAUUAGCAAAUGUAUUGAAUAAUACGAAUGGUGGUGUUGGUGGUGGUGGUGUUGAUGCAAUGACAGCAGCUGCAUUUAAUUCAUUAGCAGCAGCAGCAGCGGCUGCAGCCGCUGCUGCUUCUUCAACUACCGGUAUUUCAAAUUCAAUGAUAACAAGCAAAACAAAUGGAUUUGGAACAUCACCAACAACCAACAACAAACGACAUCAAUCAUCAUCAAAUAAUGCCAAAAUGUUAAUGGUUGAUAAUGAUGAUGAUGUAGAUGAUGCGGAUAGAGGUGGUGAUGAUAUUGAUGAUAUUGAUGAUGAUCAACAACAACAACAUCAUCAUCAUCAUAUGUUAUUAGCUACUAAUGGUGAUACAUCAUCAAAUAUUGGCGAUAAUGAAAAUGGUGAUUCAAUGGCACAAGAUUCAAUGAUGAUGUCAAUGAAUGAUUCGGAUGAUGAAUUUUAUCCUGAUGUUAAACCAAUCGUAUCAUUAGAUGAAUCACCAUCACCAACCAAUUCAACAAUGGAUGAUAAUUCAUCAUUUAAUUCAAGUUCAUUUGCAGCUGCUGUUGGUCCUAUAUUGGAAAAUUCAUUAACCGGUUCAAAUCAAUCAAAUAAUUCAACCAAAGUUUGUGUAUGUCAUCUAUGUCAUUUAACAUUUACAGCUUAUAGUAGUUUACGUCGACAUAUGACACGUCAUUAUGCUGAUCGUGAACGUUAUGAAUGUGAUAUUUGUCUAAAAUCAUAUUCCCGAAAAGAUUAUUUAAAAGAACAUAAAAAAUUAAAACAUUCGGAUGUGGCUAAAGUAAUGUCAUCACAACGUGGCCAAAAACAUUCAAAUAAUCAUCAUCAUCAACAACAAACUGCUGCCAGUUCGGUUUCCUGAAACAUAUUCUUUUUAUUUCAUGUUUUCAAACAAACAUUGCCAAUUUAUCAUCAUUGCCACACCAUUAUGAACAAGUUCAACUAUACUAUAUUGUGCCUAAAAAAAUUGGAAUGCUGCCUUAUUU